GGCGGAUUCAAGAUCGGUCCGGACCGUGUGAAAAGACCCUGAUUGGGAAAAGGAGGCAUUUCACGGGCGCGAGUGCGGUGACUUUUCACCUUCGACGCCCACCAUCCCUGAGCUGGUCGUCGGCGCGCUCGUGUUAGAGACGAUCGCUUCCGUAAAGACGAAGAAACGACAACUACAACAUCUCCAUUUCCGUAACACCCGAUUAUCGGUUCGAGGACUUAUCCGCUCCCACCAUGACCAUGGCUAUCUCGGUGCGGCGGCGGUCGCUGUCGCGCGUUCUUUUCGCCUUCCUUCUGAUCUUCUUCGUUCGAGUGCUCUUUUUUUCUACGCCAUCGGUACCGACAUUGGCGAGACAGGCGAAGGAUGUUGAGAUACAGGAGCAGGGCUUGUUUGAAGGAACAGGAACUAAUUUGGACGUACAAAGUCAUACAUGGCUUCAAUCGAGGAUGGGAAGAGAUGAGCGACAAGACAUCUUCAGCGGUGUGGUCAGAGACGGUGUAGAUGAUUAUUGGGAACGGUGGCAGGUGCCCUAUAUGAUCAGCAAGGAAACGUCCAAUAUGGAUGCACAACACGUCCGUUCUGCUAUUGACCAGCUCCUCUCGCUCAAUGGAUGGGUCGCUGCUUUGUGUCCAACUCUGGCGCGGCCAUUCGGACAGAACAGUAAAACAGAUACCUAUGAGGAUUUGGUCUCUGACGGAGCUCGGGAACGGUACUAUUUCAUCGCAAUUGUCAUCCACAGUGCGGAUCAUUUUUUAGUCGACCAGCUUGCGGUGAUCGUCCAAAUGGCCAAAAGACUUGGGACAGGAAACAUUUUCGUGAGCAUGUUGGAUUACGAUAGUAACGACAGUACGGAGACCUUGGUGGACCUGUGUGAGGCGGUCUUGACCCUGCUAGGUGUUCCGUUUAGAAUUCGAAGAGUCGGAGGUAUGACUGAGGAUCCAGCCGCCGCCUACUACCCUUUGGAGGAGGCGUAUAUGCGGAAUUCGGUGCUCGAGCCUUUGUGGGAGUUACGAGACAAAAGAGGGGUGACUUUCGAUAGGGUCGUGUGGUUGAAGGGAUUUACAUGCCCGAAUGACAUCCUGGAGACCUUGAGGGUCAGUCUCGUCAACCAAGCGGGGAUGGUAUGUGGUAUGGACUGGGCGGAACAUGGUGGCGAUUUUAUUUUCAGCGACAGAUGGCGUACACGAGACAUCGAAGGAGAUCAAUUUCGUCAGAGUAAAAGCUCCAAUCGUGCAGAAGCGGGUGUACCUCCAAGAGACGAACAGGGCGCCCAGCGUUAUAGUAAACAUCUACCGUUCCAGGUCUUUUGUUGCGAAGCAGGCACCCACGUUGUCGAUCCUUCCCAGACCUAUUACAAGGGCAUCCGAUACCGCGCUGGAUCUGACUUCCACAAUCUUAGUCGGACAGAUCCUGCGCCUGUUCGUGGUCCUGAGAGUUCAUGUUUGGAUAGUAGUCAAGCCUAUUUCUGCCGGGACUUAUGGGUUCGAAGUGCGAGAGAGGGCAUGGAGGAAGGCUAUUUGGAGAGGGGAGAGGGCUUGCUCGACAAGCAGCGACUACACCGUCGACAAGGUUUUGGUCACAAGCACAAGGAGGCUCAAGCACAACCCGCCGACCCCGACGCAAAUGCUGGUAGUGAUUAUGAUGCCAUGACGGACGAAGACGAAGAUCCAGGUCAGUGGGAAGGUGACAAGCUGGCCAUUCCCAACUCGGUGUUUAGGCCUGCCAGGAUACUUGCUAAUCCUCGUUGCCCGACUACAUAUGCCGGCGUCAGUCACACCCAGCUUGCUCGAGAUUUGUUUGGUGAUGAUCAGGGCAAGGACAACGGUGAAGGGAAGAGCAGGUAUAUAUUGGAAGAUUGGGAAGGUGCACCUGAGAGUUUUGUCUGCCAAGAGCAGAGGACAACGGGUGGUCGCGGGGCACCAAAGACGCAAAGGAGAUUAGGGUUCUCGAUUCAUGAUGAGUUGCAGAAACUGUAACAUUGAUUUUUCAGUGCUUAGCGUUAUAGAUUAUUAUGGGAUGGAUAAUACUACUAAUGGGAAGUAAUAUGAAUGACGCUGGACGGUUCACUUCUGCGACUUUGUGGCAGCAUCCGCAAUCUCACUUCUCCAUCAUGUUGAUAACUUGAAGUCUUAAACUACUCAACUCAAAGAUGCCAACCUCCGACGCUUAAACAGCAGACCUAUCAUCGGGGUAAAGCUUU